AUAAAAAAGAAAAGAAUGCUCGAGGAAUACGCUAAAAUUUGUCGUAUCUUAUUGACAAGCUGGAGACAAAAUUGCAACCAACAUUGCAAGGAUGAACGAAACGAAAGCGUGCAAGAUUUGAUUUUGCCAAGUAACGAAGACUGGCGUUAUCGAGUUUAUUACCGAUUGGUUGAGCUGCAAAGAGUAUGUGACAUCGACUUUGUAGGAAGAAGGGUCGAUGAAACUAGAUUGGAAGCGGGAGCAGAAACAGAAACGAAGUUGAAAGUGGGACGAAAGAAUGAUUGGCAAUGGGAGCCAAAGAGAUAUGGAUGCAGUUUAAAAGCUGAAUUUAGAAAACAUCAAAAUGAAGAAUCAAAGGGAGAAUCGUUGACAAACGUGGUUGGAAUCAGCGGUUCAAUGAUAGAAACAUGCGAUCAACCAGGUUGGCGUGCACAUGAUAUCUUGUUGGCCGCGGAUGUUCUUCGAAAGGUCAAGCCUUUUCCAGUCUACUCGGACGAAGCGGAGAUGCGUCGUGUCUUUGGACUCGUCUAUGACGUUCUUAGGUACAAAAGGAUAUUUACUCGUGCUUUGGAAGAUAUAGGAUUUUGGCGACAUAACAGUGCGAUUAAAGAUCAAGAAAAGAUCGUUUGGUUGUUACUGUACGACAUGCAAGGAAGAAAAUUUGCAAGACCACGUUCCGAGAUUGCCACUUGCGAAGAACGUGCAAAAAUCUUCGAGGCUGCUGGAUUGGCGAAUAUCGACAAUGCUCUUCUGGAAGUGAAGACUCAUCUUGCCGCGAGUAUUUCACGGCUUCGUAUCCGUGGUUCUGCUCUUAAUCUUGACGAAUUGUUGCCGAAUCAUUUGCGGAUCAUCGAAGGAAUUACUUGGGACGUACAAACUGCGAUCGCUUCCGGAUGGAUAAAUACCAUGAAACUUGUCAGUAAAGAAGAAUUUUUAGAAGAAAUGUCGAAAUUGAAGUUGAUUUAUCGCGAAAACAAAAAAGCGAUAGAAUUUGAAGAGAACGAGUACGUGUUCGACCCGAUUUGCCCACAGAUGGUUUAUUUUCAUGAAAGUAUGCGGGAAACACUUGCUGUUUCCACUCUCGUUCGUGAUCAUCGUUUCGUAUUCCUAGAAAGGUCGUUGUGUUUGGGAGCGGCAACGUUGGCACAGGCAAUUCGUAUCGGCCGCUUCUACGGCCCGGUCAUUUUAACACAUUCCCUUGCACCUCGACACACUGGAUAUCUGGCCGGAUUGCUGGCCGAUAUCGAGCAUGCUGGUAAACUUUUGGCCUUCGGAGCUGACGAUCGUCAUUGCGAGUAUGAGACCUAUCUGAAAGACCUUGGCAUCACAUUGCAACGGUGUCUCAUCUCUUCCGAAAAGUACGUGUCUCAUCCAGUAACGAGCGAGUCAGAGAGGGCCACCGUAGUGCUUGCAGUACCAUCAUGUACCUAUACGGGGGUCAGGGAUAUCGUUGACCUCGCAGUGGCACGAGGAGGAGACGUGGAUCUUCUCGAAUCAUUGACGGAUGACUACGCUGGCAGCGUUUACGACGAUGACGAUGAAAAGAAUUAUAACGAUAACGAACAGCGGCGUGCUUUCUUAGCUGAUCAGAUGUCCACUUUGAAAUAUGCUUUGACCAGGCCAAAUGUACAAUUCGUUGUAUACGAGGUACACACGAUUUUACCGUCAGAAACAACAGAGAUGGUUCAAGAGGUGGUAGACUACGUCAAUCAAAUGGCAUUGGAGAAAUACGUUCGCGAACAUCCGAAAAGGAUUUCAAAGGAGUCGUCAAAAUCGGUUAAAGUGACCGAUGAACUGCGGAAAGAUGACCGUCUCUCUACACUUUCUGCAAGCAUUACCAUUCCGGACAGCGAUCUUUUCGAAGUGGGCAACAUUGACGAGAUUUACGGGGAGAACGCUAGCCAUAUGUUGGAUCCAGGCUGCUUUCUUGCGAUAAUAAAACGAAAAGAAAUGGUGCAGUUCGAUUCGCUGUUCAUGAUCAAAGUGGCAGAAUCAAAAGGUUUGUUCGGCGAUCCGAAGAUACAACGACAUUCGAAACCCGAGUCCGUCCUCGAUCGGACAGUUCGACAAUCCUCGCAAAUCAGCGCGCGGAAACGAACAAAACGUGUCAAACUAGAAAUUGAUCGGAUAAUGGCACAUACGUAUUCCUCAUUAUCGAAAAGCGUGCAGGAAAAUCGAAUAUGUCCACGUCAUGGACGAUGCACCGGAUGGGGAGAAGCAACUAGACAGCAGGCAUCGAAAAAUUUCAAGUACAGCGUUAAACCAUGGCGAAAACAAAAGGGAAAUGUGAGCCCAUCCGAAUACGCUACUUCGUUACGACAAAAGGAAUUACGGGCGAUACGUUCGAUGUUUUCACCACGUUCUGAAUUCGACGUAAUCGCAUUACAAACAACGAUGAAAGAAGAAAAAUCAUUGUCCGUAUUAACUAACUUGCUCAGCAUUCAAUCUCUGCCACGUCAAGAAUGGAGCCAUGCAAUUCCAUCAAGCACAAUUUUGACAUCACCGAUUCUUGCUAGAGCGGUACGCCUUAUUCCACUAGAAAAUUCAAUGGAUAUCGAGAAUUGCGAGGAAGAAAGAAAGCAGAGUCGGCCAAAAAUAGGCCAUCGAUGCUGGACAUUGAGAAAAACAUCUCGACUUUUACAUUCUGCUGAUUCUUCGUCAAAUGUAUUUGAUUCGUUCGUUGAUAUCGUUUAGAAUAGUCACUGAAACACGGUAACAUUCUUA